CGUAUGCUAGUUCACGCGACCGUUCAAUUUCUUUGCGUUGAUAGCGAUAGUGCGUUGGACGUGUGUUAUAUACAAGCAAUUUAACAAGUGGUCAAGCAAGUGGUCCUAAGCAACAACUUGGGAAGAAUCUCAGCAUUGACGCGAAGUGACGGGAAUUAAGUUUUCCGAGAACCAUGUCGAGUGACGAUCAGCGUCCAUUCGUUGUCAUCAAAUUUAUUAACAAAACAGAAAAAGAAUCAAAUGGCGACACAGUUUAUGAGGUGGGCCUCGCCAAAUGGAUUGUUGACUUAAACGAGGACAUGAUGGGUACGACAAAAUGGCCUCCUUCUUCCGUAGAUGCUGGAAAACUUAUAAGGAAGGAAACUUCCCCAGAUCCAAAUUGGCCAGUGUGCUAUGUUGAGGUGAUAAGGUACUUCGAUACUAUAAAAAGAGCUAGAGAGAUGUUGAAGAGAUUGGUGGAUGAAGGACUAACUUCCUACGAGACUGAAAGAGAAUUGGGCCGGGGUAAAAGGAAGAAACGACCACCUAUUAUAUAUACCGAUGAUGAUGAGGAUUCAGAUGUUCCAAAAUACAAUAAAAAGAAACAGUCUCUGUCUGAUGACAGCGACUCAGAUUUGGUUCAACAUAAGAAAAUUAGAAAGUUUGGCAAGUCAAAGAAGAUAGAUCAAGAUAUACCGGCACCACCAUCGUUGUCCUUUCAACACAAAACCCCUAGUAACAUAAGCCCAGAUCAGAAUGACAGGAACAGAAAAAUUAUUGUGACUGUUGCACAUAAAAACACGGGAACUGCUUCAUCUUUAAUAGAGAAAAUUAAAAGUCGAAAAACUGAGCGGCAAGUUUUUCAGAACCUAAAAGAAGAGAAUCUCGAAAAUGCUCUUAAGAAGCAGAAGAGCACAUUAACUGUUCCUCAGCUGAAUGUAUGUGCCAAAAGCCCUUUGCAACAAAUGAAUGUCACACUGUCCGAAAACAAUGUUAAUAGUAUGGGAGAUGAGAAGGAAAAUAUGAUUAAUGAAUCUGAAGUUGAGUCCAGCCUUGGAAUCCCUUUUGAACAGCAAAGCCCAAUUGUUAUACACCUUUGA